CGUAAAUCCGCCAUGUUGUUCCUGCAGCAGUGUUGCGACAGAGACGGAGCGCGAGAACGACAUGACUGAAGAAAAUAAAAAUACGGCAGAAUCGCUUACCGGCCAAACGCAGCACGGCAGCAUCAUCACCAUCCAAACCACCCUCGGAGACGAAGAUGAAGAUAUUCACAAAUGUGGGCGAUGCGGUGAGGAGUUUUCCGCUUUGGAUAUCUUCAUUCAGCACAAGCUUAGUCGGAUCUGCAAACGUCCUUUACAGGACCCACCGGUGAAAGUCUGCGAUAAAGAUGGAGAGCUGGCUAAUGAUGCAGAGAAACCUUCAGUGGAUGAGGCAGGUGGCAGGUUAACCACCACAAACAGAAGGACAGUUCACUCGGCUAAGGAUCAUGGCGAGUCGGAAAACAGGGACAGUUCAGAUCAUACUAAACCUGCCUUGAAGCUCAAUGAGGAUGGGCGCUACGUUUGUCAUAUAUGUGAGAAGACUUUCAAAACGGCAAAUAUCCUGAGAACACACUUGUCCAUUCAUACAGACAAGAAGGACUUUAAGUGUGACCAUUGUGAGACUGCGUUCCGAACCAAAGGCUCUCUGAUUCGCCACAACAGACGGCACACGGAUGAACGGCCUUACCAGUGCAAUCAGUGUGGCCUCUCCUUCAGAGAGUCUGGUGCGCUGACGAGACACUUGAAGUCGCUGACGCCGUGUACAGAGAAGAUCCGUUACAGCCAGUGUAAAGAGAUCCUCUUCAGCAAGGAUGGCGUUUGCACAGAAGUGCAGCAGCCUCCUGUGCUCCCUGAGAAAGAGCAGGAGAUGCCCAUGGUCAGUGUGGUGCAGACAGUCCAAGAUGCCGUUCACAUCCAGGUUGUAGAAGACCUAGGACAAGUUCAUCAGGUGGUAUCACAGCCUGUAGCUGAAGCUGUUGCAGAAGGAGACAGUCUAAUCUGCCAAGCCAUCAUCAACUCGGGCAUUGCUCUGGAGACUGAAGCCGCAGAAGCGGCAGAGCAGGCAGAAGCCCGGUCGCCUAAAGGGGUCCUGCAGAAUCCUGAGGCUGAGGGCAGAGUCCCAGAGAUUCAGGUGACUGAGGAGUGUGUGGAGGUGGAGGCAGAGACUGUGGAGACUUCAGAGAAAGACAUGGAACUCUCCUCUUCAAAGUCGCACAAAUGUCCUCACUGCGAUCGAACAUUCAGAACGGCAUCUCAUUUGCGCAUCCACGUCAAAGGACAUGCUGGCUACAAGCCCUUUAAGUGUGUGACAUGUCAGAAGGAGUUCUUGACUGGCUACAUGCUGAAGAAGCACAUGGAGAUGCAUGUGACCGAGCGCCGAUACAAGUGUGGCGAGUGCGGCAAGCUGUUCAAGGCUAUCGGGCACGUACGUGAGCACAUGAGGGCACACUCCAACGACCGCCCACACCACUGCAACCUCUGCAACAAGAGCUACAAGACCAAGAAUGCACUUCAGGUGCAUCAGCGCACGCAUGGCGAGGACAAACCGUAUGGAUGUCCACACUGCUCUCGGGCAUUUCGGGAGAAAGGUGCUCUGGUGCGUCACAUUCGCCACCACACCGGAGAGAAACCUUUCAAGUGCUCCAAAUGUGGCCGUGGAUUUGCUGAGCAUGGCACACUCAACCGCCAUUUACGAUCGAAAGGAGGGUGCUCUGCAGUGCAGGAGCCGGAGCAGUUGCUGAGCUCUGAGGAACAGGAGUGUAUAGACAGUGUGGCAGCUGCCAUCAUUUCUGACGAUCCCCAUGCUGUGCUGGUGGAGUUUUCCUCUGUGGUGGCUGAUACUCAGGACUACAUUAUAGGAACGUCAGCUGAGGAGACGGCCCAAGCAGAGGAGGUGUCUGUUACUCGUGACAAUCAUAACCAAUUGGACAGUCAAAUCAUAAAGGUGGUGCAGCAGGUUGUGAGUCAGGCGCACGGCGGUCAGCAGAUCAUCGUGCGUAAUGUGGAAGCCAAUGAGAAGCCUGGUGUUUUUGACACUGGCGACACCAUCACCAUCGCUACACCUGAGAGCCUCACCGAGCAGGUGGCCAUAACUCUCGCCAGCGCCAUCAGCAACGGUGCCCUCCUGAGCACCACCUCGUCCACAGAAGGCACUACUGCGAUGGAGCAGGACGAGCACUAUGUCAUCGCUUCCUCUGACGAGAUGGAGAUUCAGACUGUUGUGGUGGUCUGACGGGGGGAAAAAGUAGAACUCGCGAAGAUGGAUAGUCACCUAUAAUGUUGAGUAAAGAACAAUUUACUGUUACCCAAAA